AUGCAAGUCGAGGCUAUCAUCCGCCGUCUCGAGGCUCUCGAGGUUCGAGACCCGCAAUCUGCACCGUCUCGCACUGACAAUUCAAUGAACAGUGCUAUCCGACAGGUAUUGCAGAAAAUGAUGGGUAUCGAGACCAAUGAAGCCCUGCCAGCACCAGUUGAUAAUGCGAAUGAAUUUUGGGCCGACAUUGAUGAACUCACCAUCGACAACGAGAUCUCGUCAACUAAAGUUUUACGACCAAAGUGGGAAUUGUCGUGGACAGCGAAUGUGAAGUGGCACGGAGCUUAUGUUGAACGCUUUCGUCGUGAUGCGUGCACAUACGAGCCUACACUGUCUCAAGAUACUGUCGACAAACUUCCUAGCAAGACUCUCAAGUCUCUGACGGGCAAGGUGUUCAAGAACAUGAAGCAGAAGUAUAAGGAGGCGGAAAAGCCAAUCAGUGUUCAGUCGCUCAAUGUCCAAAGUGCCAGACGUGAGAAACGACAAUUAGAUAAAGCAGCAUUAGCAUCUGCUGUCCGUCCUGACUUCCCACCACUGGCAGGCGAGGAAUACGACUUCAUUUUUGCAGCGAAGUGGCAAUCAACCGAUUACAGCGGCUCAGAUGCCUCCGACGACAUCAAUUCAAGUGAUGACGAAGCUGUCUCGCUCCUCAAUCCACGCCGAAAAGCAUACAAGAAGAAGAAGAAGACGACGAUCUUAAUGACAUGCCCACCUGUAUGGCGGUCGAAGGACCUCCGGAGGGCCAUUAAAGAGAUAAGAGGUGUGGUAGACCAAGAUGUCGAAAAAAAAGAAGCUCAGAAGAAGCACUGGAUGAAAAAAACGGAUUCCUCGAGUGCAAGGCCCACCAAGGAUGGCAAAAUCGUUGCCGAGGAGCGUAACGAGCAAGAGGCUCUAAUGACUGAGGACCAUGUCAUUGGUGAUAGUGAGAGUUCCACAGAUCCCAACAUCGACGACUCGGAGCAAGAAGAAAUUAGUUAUGAUUCAGUGUAA